AACCAAUUUAUGGAUUUGUCACACUAGGUAACUAAAAGGAGCAAUGUAUAUUCCUUGUCUGCUCAAUCUUCGAUCACCUACCGCGAAUUUGACCUUGCGAACAUAAUUGUCUUCUGAUUCAUAUGUUGCAGCUAACUUCCCAGAGGCCACACAUACCUAGGAAUAAUGUCGUGAAGAUAACCUGUGAAUAUUGUACUGGACAUUCACAAGAUAAUUCUUGUGAUUUCAGUAUCAGUGAUCAUACAUGUGAUAUAUACAAGAGCAUGCUACAUGACUGAUGCCAACAAAUUUUCUAUCCCAACAGAUCCAAACAGUCAAGCUGGAUUUCAUGUGGGAUCGUUACUUGCCAGUCAUGACGAAGUUAGUAAGUCAUUCGGCAUCCAAGCAGCUAGCCAAGUUUCUCUGCUCAUUACCCUGCCUUACAACCAUAACGAUGGAAGGGAAUCUAUAUUUAAGUGAUGAUUUAAUCACUGAACUUAGUUCCCUAGCUGCAUUCUCACAGAUCCAAACAGUCAACCUGGAUUUCAGAACGAACUUUGACAAGGCAGUCAAGGAACUAAGUCAUUCAGCAUCCAACCAGCUAGCCAAUUUUAUCUGCUCUCUACCCUGCCUUACAACCUUGGAGAUCAAAGGGAAUGAAUAUUUACCUGAUGCUUUUUUCACUGAACUUGCUUCCUUGGCUGCAUCCCCACAGAAUCCUUACUUCAAGGAAAAGAAACAGAUCAGCUUGCUGCAGGCGUGGUCAGCAAGAAAAGAUCUUCAACAAAAACAACAACUCAUGAUGAUAAGUACACACCAAAAACCUUCGAACCUCGACAUGCCUUCAACCAGCGGAACGAGAUCUACACAACGCAGAACAGGUGCAGGUUUGUACACCAGAAUCCUAAUCUUUUUCAUAUGA